AUGCCAUCCUCAGCCACUCGCCAUGCAAACGCCCUUCUCACCCGUCGCGUAAUCACAAUCAUCUCCUACGUUCUCUCCAUUUACUUUUCCUUUAAAUACGCUGGCGGGAGAUGGGGUAACCAUCCUCCUACGUUCCAUGUCAAUGACACCCCAUUCACCGCCAAUGCCAUUGUUGUUUUGGUCUACUGGUUAUUCCUUCUUAUCGGUCAACUAUUUUACCUACUCCAGUUCUACUCUGAUGACGAGCCCACUCUUGUAGACGUGACCAACAUCACCUGGCAUUUUACUCUUUUCAACUUGCUCCACUCGCUUUGGAUCUGGCUCUUUAGUCACAAACACAAGUACAUUUCCGCAGAAAUCGUUCUUAUUGCAAAUCUCUUUAAUCUUCUUGGCCUUUAUGUUCACCACAAGCCUUAUGCAAUUAAGCCUCUUUCUAGAUGGAUCACUAUUCACCCAUCCACUUGUGCCCUCCCACUCUCUUGGGUCAUGUAUGCCAUUUUUUGGAACGGUGCUGUUGCCUUCCAUGCCCAUCGUGGAUUCUUUUCUCGCAUUGUUGCAAAUAUCUUUAUUUGGGAGUUUUUGCUUGUUCCAGGUCUUUUUAUUAUUCUCUUUAACGAUUGGGCUAUUGGCUUUUCUUCAGCUGCUCUUGUCUUUGGAAUUGGAAUUGCCCAGCUUUUCACCAAAAUUAUUGCUUUGCAAUGGAUUUUUGCCUUUAUCAUUGCAGGCUUGCUAUUCCUCUUGUCAACUAUUAUUGCUAUCCCGAAAUUGACUCCUGCUGCAAUUACAAAGCUUAGAGAGGAUACUCGUGGCAAUGGCGAACGUGCUCCUCUUCUUGAACCUAAUGCUUAA